AUGUUCCCAAUCACACACCCCGAGCCUGUCAAAGAAUACAUUGAAACAGCACACGAUGUCGAAAGACUCCUCCGCGAGCUCAAGCCGGACCUCGUCAUUGUCGACACCAUGUUUGGCCCAGCCAGAGAUGCUAUAAGCAAGAUGGCUGAUGUACGAUUCAUAACCCUCAGUCCGAAUACAAUAAAGGAGCUUGCUGUGGGGGAUCAGGGGCUUGGUGCUUUUUUGUGGCCUGCGCAUACGACAGGCUUCCCCUUCCCCGUCCCUUGGUACCUCGUGCCCCUCAACAUAAUCGCCCUCCUCUUCCCCCUCCUAUACUUCACCUUCAGCUCGUACCACAAAGCCUUUGACAAAGCUCGACAUGCCUACGGGUACCAAAAGAGAGUUCCUCUAUUCGAAAUCGCGCAAGUGCGGCCAAGCAAGACUCUGUGCAUGUCAACGCCAGGGGCCGAGAUCCCGGCUAUCAUCCCAGAGUCUCUUCUCUGCUGUGGGCCUAUCCUCCAAGCUUCCACGCCUUUGGAGCUAGCGGACAAGGAGCUGUAUGAUUGGGUUACAGCGCGACCCACGGUAAUGGUCAUCCUCGGAUCCCACUUUCUCACCAGGGAGCCGGUCGCCAACAAUAUGAUUGCAGCCUUUCGAGUGCUUCUAGACAAGCGCAGGGAUAUUCAGAUCCUUUGGAAGCUAAGGAAGUAUGGGGAGUACGAGCUGCAGGGCCUGGAGGAAGUCGGAGACAGACUACGGGUAGUAGACUGGCUCGAAGCCGAUCCUUUGGCGGUGCUCGAGACCGGCAACGUCAUCUGUUCUGUCAAUCAUGGGGGUAGCAACAGCUAUCACGAGGCUUUGUUCACUGGCACGCCUCAGGUCUUACUCCCUGCGUGGUUUGAUUGCUUCGACUUUGGGAGCCGUUUGGCCUUCCUCGGCAAUGGUGUCUGGGGCAACAUGUCUUCGGGGCUCGCUGUCUCUCAACCAGAAUUUACAAAAGCCCUUCUUCGAGUCAUCGGCGCUACUCCCGACGCACCCGAAGCCGCCAAGAUCCUCGCCCGGGCGAAAGAGUUGCAGGAUAUCGUCACCGAUAAGGGGACGAGACUGGGGAGAGAUGUUGCGGCUGCUCAUAUCUUGCACGAGCUCGAGUAUGGCCCUGAUGCACUUUAA